AAUCUGGAACACGACAUUAACUCAAUACGCCCUGAACUGGGCACAGGAAUGUAAAUGGCAGCAUUCGGUAUAGUACUCUUCCCCCACCCUUUCCCCAAGAUCACGUAAAUACCCACUUCACAGGGACCAAAAAGCUAAUAGAUAAUGCACAUACAGAACGGCCCAUACGGCGAGAACCUCGCCUUCGGGUACCCCAACGUCUCGUCCGCCGUAGCCGCCUGGGGCGACGAAGUACAGAAAUACAAUUUCCAGGAGCCGACGGGGUUCACGGAGGAGACGGGACAUUUUACGCAGUUGGUGUGGAGGGAGACGACGGAGGUGGGGUGUGCAGCUAUUGAUUGUGGGUAUAAUAAUACUAAUGCUACUAAUGAUGAUGGUGAUGAUGAUAAUGGGAAUGGGAAGAGAAGUGAAGCGGGAGGAGGAGGUGGAGGAGGUGGGAUUAAUGGAACGGAGAGACCGCAGGGAUGGUAUGUCGUUUGUGAAUACUCGCCUAGGGGUAAUAUCAUUGGGGGGGAUAAGAAGUUGGGGGAUAAGGAGUUCUUUAAGAUUAAUGUGCAGCCGUCGAGUACUUAUUCCGGGCCGUAUAAUACGGGGUCCGCUGGGAAUGGGGCUCAGAGGGUUGAAUGUAUAAUGGGGUUAUGGUGGGUUGUGUUGGGGUGGUGGUUUGUGUUGUUGACUUUUGGAUAGUUUAAUUUUGGGUAUUCGGUUGGGAUGAUAUGAAGUGGUAUAAACUGAACUUGAAUGAUUGCAGUAGUCAUCAUUGUCUGUCAUCUCUCAUUGCUACCAACAUCACGCACAUCAAAGUUUUCCCCUCACGCUCGGGAAAGAAAUAUGCAAACACAGAUUCUAUUCACUUUUUUUGAAAUGUUCCAGACACAGGUGCCCCCACG